AUGGAAAACACUGACGAUCCAUUCCGAAAUCCUGGCCUAUCCUCACCCAUCAUCCUUGUCUUCAUGGCGAUCGGCGUCUGUUGUGCUGCCGGACUGUCAUUCUUCGCUUGGAGACGAUGGAUAUUAGCACAUAAUCAUCCUGCAGUCUUUCAAACCCAUCCAAAUCCAAAUCUAACCGGAAUGAGGUCGCCGCGGUAUUGGACGAGGUCCGAAGCUGAACCUGAUGCCACUGGAGCAAGGGGGUUGGGGUUUGAUGUAGGCAGGAAGCCGGUCUUGUUCGAUUUAUGGACGUCGGGUGGUAGUUCUGAUUGGGGCCAGAUAUUACCUUUAUCCUUGACGUUCACAACGAAUAACGAAUGCACUCAUCUCUCAACGCCUUCCUUGUCUUCAUCUGUAAAGACCCAUGACCAGUCCUCGAAUAUUACUAUCGAUCAUGACAUCGACACCCGAGAGACAGCGCAAAUCGCUUUGAGCAUAGCUUUUCCUGACGAGUAUCGGAAAGGACAACUGAGCCUAGGCCAGUACGCCAUUGGUGUCACAGAUGUGGAUAUAGUUACCACGGUAAACAAGUCUUAG